CGAUUAUAAGAGAGCCGCUCUGGUGGUAUCUGCUGUCAGUGUGCGCGCAGGAAGCAAGCUAGCGUCUUCAGUGCUGCGACUUUAAAUACCAGCGGGACAGUAAAUAGAAAAGAGCUUGCGCCGUCUGUCAGGACGCUUAGAUUUAGCAAAUUUGCCCAUAACGUCAAUACUUCUGGCUCCGACGAAACAAUACAGCCAGCAACGUGGCUAAGCUCACUUAACAAUGAGGGUAUGUUUAUUCCAACUUCAUGCAUCAUUUCUCUUGACGAUCCUGGCGGUCUCAGCCACAGAUCCUUCUUGCAGUGAUGGUGACACCCUCUUCGACAUCGGGGCUAGCGAAGGUGCUGAGCAUGCCAUCCUUGGAAGCCUUUCCGCUGGAAGAUAUUCGGCGCACAUUCACGAAAAUAUUUGACUUUCAUGUGCGUCUCUCUGAAGGAAAGCUGUACGGACUGUCGAACCUAAAACGAUGGGAGCGUAGCUACAUCAACGCCACUGACAGCGGCAUCACAGCCCACUUCAAGAUUGACGGUGGGCCGCUUGCAGUGACGUACACGGGAACCGUCCGCUCUGCACCCGUAGACGCCCGCGUAGAAGUGAACAUCUACAUACCCAGGAUUGAGCUCUUCAUAUACGCCGAAGAGCCAGCACCGAAUAAACUGAAGCUCGCUGAGCUGUGGUUUUGGUCUGCCCCGGUGAGAUUCAGGGCUUACCAACUGGAUGGAAGCAGCCUGGUGUUCGACUUUCUCAACUGGCUCGCCGAAAGUCGCAUCGCGAAGGCAAUCAACGAAAAUAUGGGAGAAGUAAUCGUCGAUGUUGUGAACCAGUUCUUGGGCAAAGUGGAGCUUUUUGCGAGAAAUGGAACGAAGAUCGGAGAUAUUAAAAAACCACGAGAAGACCCCAGCUUCAUUCCUGUGUUCAUCUUACCUCCGUCUCCGUCUAACAAUCCCUUGGGCCCCUGGCAAGAUCCCAGCAAGUGGGGAAUAUUUGACUACAGCAUCAAGCGCAUGACGAUGGCGUCGAAUCUCGACCCACUUGUGCUUACUGACGUGGAUGAUGUCACAUGGAAUGGCUGGCACGUCCACAUAACAAACGUGACUGUGGACGGUCUGGGCUUCCUUCGCCGAGGAGGAGACAAUUACGCUGUCACCGAUCGAUGCGGCAUCAGAGCCCGCGUCGCCCUCGCUAUGGAGAAUAUUAGGGUCCAGUUGUACGCCACCAUAGAGAGUCCAUCUGUGCGGUUACGAAUGGACGUUAGAAUAAUGGGAGUUGAUGUGGUCCUCAAGGUGAAAGAGAAAAACAAGGCCAUCGAAAUUGAAGACUACCAGCUUAAUUUCACAAUACCACUAGAGUACGACGUGUACGUGCUCACACCCGUUAUCGGUCCACUGGUUGAAGCAUUCAAAGGGUUUAUGAAAAGGCGUUUGACUGAAGAAGAGACGAACAAUCUGGAAGAUAGCUCGAGGAAAUAUCUGGAGCGGGCGAUAGGGACAGUGACCGAAUUUAUAACGGAUCCAGCUCCCUGGAUGCCAUGGAACAGCUCCAUCAUCGACGCUUACCGCAGAUACGCCGAAGAGCAUAGAAAUUGAUCUAAGACUGCUCAAUAUUGCUACUUUGCGGUAGCUGCAGAUAAAGAUAAUCAAUGCUUGUUCUUUUUUCACUUUA